GGAGGCCUCCUCGGCGCGUCAGCCGUCGUGCCACCAAUCGCGCGUCUUCGCAACUUCACGCCGCUCUUGAGCCGGCAGAAGUUCGUUCUAACCUUUGGGGCCGGCGGGAGUGCGAUCCGCGGCGGCAGGAGGCGAAGAUGAAGCGGUGGGCAAGCCUGUGGCUUUGGGCGACCUGGAGCUGCGCCGCCUUGGUCCUUGGCCGAGAGUCGGGCCGGGCGCUUUGCGGAGGCUUGGAUAGCUGUUCCAACGUUUUUACCCUGGAAGUAUACAGAGGUGAGAGUCAAUCACUCAAUCUCUCACUUAAUCCAAACUGGCAGAAAUUGGUGAAGAAAUGUGACCCUGAGUCAAAGACUUGGAAAGAAGAAAUUCUGGCUGUUCAUGGAAAUGCUAACCCUUUAGCAGACAAGACCACUUCGAUUUUUCUCAACAGAAACUUCACUGUAAGGAAUGCAGGAAAAAAAGAAGAAGGUCUUUACAAAAUUGAACGACUCCUAGAUAACAGCUGCUUGGCUGUGGUCAUUGUGGUUGUGAUAGAUCCUCCUUUAUCUAUGACCGUCAUACCCUACUUUGAUGUAUCCUCAACUGUUUUCUCCAAGGUCACAGAAACACCUGAGGCCUCCCCUCUGGGAACAGAUUAUACUACUUUAUGUGUUGCAGUUUUUGUUCCAUUGUGUAUCCUUGCCAUAGGAGCCAUUUGCAUUAUACACAAGUUGGCCAAGAAAAAGUCUAAAUGCAGAUCUAAUGUGGCUACAUCUGAAGUGGACCCUGAGCAACUUCUGAAUGGAUCAUUACCUCCCCCACUCCUCCACUUGACCGCCUCUCCGGUGCUACCUUCAGUCAUCAUCUAA